CUAUUGCGGCUACUUCCGGGUUUGGGUUACUUCCGGUUCGACGGACAUGGGGUCGGAACUGCGCAGAGCCAAGAUGGCGGCGGCCGUGGUAGGAGUCUCCUUGAGGCGCGGCGUCCCCGCGCGGCUGCUGCGGCCGAUGUGUCGGGGAGCACAGACGGCAGCUGCAGCAGCGCCCCGAAUCAAGAAGUUUGCUAUCUACAGAUGGGAUCCUGACAAGCCUGGGGACAAGCCCCGCAUGCAGACAUAUGAAGUGGAUUUGAAUAAAUGUGGGCCUAUGGUGCUCGAUGCUCUGAUCAAGAUCAAAAAUGAGGUGGACUCCACUCUGACCUUCCGCAGAUCAUGUAGGGAAGGCAUCUGCGGUUCAUGUGCUAUGAAUAUCGCAGGUGGAAACACGCUGGCCUGUAUCAAAAAAAUUGAUCCCGAUCUCAACAAAAUCACCAAAAUCUACCCUCUCCCCCACAUGUAUGUGGUGAAGGACCUUGUUCCGGACUUGAGUAACUUCUACGCACAGUACAAAUCCAUCGAGCCUUAUCUGAAGAAGAAGGAUGAGUCCAAACAGGGCAAGGAGCAAUACCUGCAGUCGAUAGAAGAACGUCAGAAACUGGACGGACUCUACGAGUGCAUCCUGUGCGCCUGCUGCAGCACCAGCUGUCCCAGUUACUGGUGGAAUGGGGACAAGUACUUGGGCCCUGCAGUGCUGAUGCAGGCCUAUCGCUGGAUGAUUGACUCCAGAGAUGACUACACAGAGGAGCGCCUGGCACAGCUUCAAGACCCGUUCUCCCUCUACCGUUGUCACACUAUCAUGAACUGCACGAGGACUUGCCCUAAGGGUUUGAACCCUGGCAAAGCAAUUGCUGAGAUCAAGAAGAUGAUGGCAACCUAUAAAGAGAAGGCAACCGCUGCAUAAUGCUGUUCCCUGACUGGAAGCGUUAAAACGCAAACGUGUGUCACCCAGAAGUAAUUUAUAUACCUGAUGUAGGAAGAGAAGGUUCCAGCAGGGACUCUGGUGGCAUUUCCAUAGGUUUGCAUGUACAAUAAAUACUGUAAAGAAUAAAUAAGGGUUGUUACUUUGUUAACGGUAUUGGAGCCUUGCCGCUGCCUUGCUUGUAAAGUCCCAGACCUCUCCAGUUUGCGGCUUUGAGCAUCUGGGAUGGCCUCAGAGGCUCUGCUGUGGGAGGAGGGUUGGGAAGUGUCCCCACAGCAGGGAUGAAUGGAGGUGGAGUUUCUAUAAUGGGUGUGUGGGGAGAGACCUGCGAGUAAUGAGCCCUGUGGUGAUCAGCAAGAAGAAAACAAGGGAAAUGAUUGGGAAAGGGGAAUGUUGGAAAAAUCUUGCUCUGAAAUUCUCUGGGGCUCUGGUGAGGAGCAAAGGGAGGACCUGGAGCUCAUGGGAUGCAGGCGUGUGGCAAAACAUCGGUGGUGGUGCCACUAGGAAAGAGGUGCUUACUGCUGCCCUCCUGGGAUGCUGUAUUUUUAUUCCAUUAUUAAGUCCUACAGUGAUGAGAUUUAUUCAAACAAGAUCUUUCUCUGUGCUCCUGUACAAGUGCAUUUUGGCUCCAGAUUCCCCAAAGCUGUGCUGUUCGUGGUGGGCAGUUGCUGGAGACACUGUUUACAGUCACGCAGAAAUGCUUAUUUAUUUCCCUGGAGCUGAUGUCAUCGUUCCCAAGAGCUGAUGUGAGACAGACUUCCGUAGGUCAGAGAUAUUACAAUUAAAAUCCACCUGGCUGCUCUUCCCUGCCACAAAAUCGCCUCUGUUUCCUGUGCCUCGAGUGAGCUGUGGCAAACACCAGUCCUGUAUGGGGGUCUUGUGGUGGAGAAGACCCCACUGCUGACCCCCUAAACUGCAAGAGGGGAGAUUGAGAUGAGAACUUAGGCAGAAAUGUUUUGCUGUGAGGGUGGGGAGGCCCUGGCCCAGGUUGCCCAGAGCAGUGGUGGCUGCCCCAUCCCUGGAGGGGUUCCAGGCCAGGUUGGAUGGGGCUUGGAGCCCCUGAUCCAGUGGGAGGUGUCCCUGCCUAUGGCAGGGGUGGGACUGGAUGGGCUUUGAGGUCCCUUCCAACCCAAACCAUUCUGUCAGUCCCACCUCCCUGGUAUUUCCAUAUCUAUUGCAAUCCUUUGCUUUGAAAUCUAAUCUGCUUAAAUCCAAGGGGUUCCUGUUAACAGCUUGAAUAAAAAGAGCUUUGUGA